UGUCAUGUAGGAGCAGGGAAGUGUAUGUGCUGAUAAGCCACAGUAAAUAGAUGAGGGUGGGGUGAGGGAGGUUAAAGGAGGAGAGGCGUCUCCUCUGAACAGAAGCAGGUCUGGGGCUCGCAGCGGGAACAUGUCGGAGGUGUAGAAAGGGAAAAAAGGAAAAGGAAGCAGUGACAGACUGAAGGCUCCGGGAAGUGAGCUGAGGAAGGAGGAGAAUUUCAGGAGGAAAGGACGAGAGCGAGCCUAGUGGAAAAAUCACAGCGGCCAUUUGCUCUACUGCAGCUUCUCUGCCACAGCCUCGGCUGCAUGAUCAGCUUCAGUCGACUUCUCUGAGGAUCUUGUUCCUGUUUUAUCACCUGUGUGUGUGUGUCUGUGUGUGUAUCAGUGUCUGUGUGUGUGUUUCUCAGUGACUGUGUUUGUGUUCUUCUCUUGCAAAUAUGAUGAGACAGACUCCUGCUCCCCGGAAGACCACGGUCAGAAGGCCUAAGCAGCCCGGUCGUCCUGCAGGCUCCGCUGUGAAGGGCGCGGUGUCCGGCUCGGCCUCGGCCUCGGCCGGUGAGAUGAGCAGCAGCGAGCCCAGCACCCCGGCCCAGACCCCGCUGGCUGCUCCGGUCAUCCCCACCCUGCCCUCUCCUGGGAAACCUGCAGACCCGGUCCCCAGCAAGGAGGAGGAGUCUCUGCGCGCUCAGGUGAAGGACCUGGACGAGAAGCUGGAGACGCUGAAGAUGAAGCGGGCGGAGGACAAAGCCAAGCUGAAGGAGCUGGAGAAGCACAAGAUCCAGCUGGAGCAGCUGCAGGAGUGGAAGAACAAGAUGCAGGAGCAACAGGCCGAGCUGCAGAAACAACUCAAAGAGGCCAAGAGGGAUGCUAAAGAAGCUCUGGAGGCGAAGGAGCACUACAUGGAGGAGAUGUCGGACACUGCGGACGCCAUCGAGAUGGCCACGCUGGACAAGGAGAUGGCCGAGGAGAGAGCGGAGUCCCUGCAGCUGGAGGUGGACUCCAUGAAGGAGAAGGUGGACGAGCUCACCAUGGACCUGGAGAUCCUCAAGCAUGAGAUCGAGGAGAAAGGUUCAGAUGGAGCUGCGUCCAGUUAUCAUGUCAAACAGCUGGAGGAGCAGAACAGCAGACUGAAAGAAGCUCUGGUCAGGAUGAGAGAUUUGUCUACGUCAGAGAAGCAGGAACAUGUGAAGUUGCAGAAGCAGAUGGAGAAGAAGAACGUGGAGCUGGACUCUCUGAGGAGCCAGAAGGAGAAGCUGCAGGAGGAGAUGUCAGCGGCAGAAAGGACCAUUGACGAGCUGAAAGAACAGGUGGACGCAGCCUUGGGGGCAGAGGAGAUGGUGGAGACUCUGACAGAGAGAAACCUGGACCUGGAGGAAAAAGUCAGGGAGAUGAGAGAGAUGGUGACGGAUCUGGAGGCCAUCAACGAGAUGAACGACGAGCUGCAGGAAAACGCCAGAGAGACGGAGCUGGAGCUGAGGGAGAUGUUGGAUCUGAGUGCAGCCAAAGUCCGAGAGUCUGAGAGACGAGUGGAAGCCGCUCAGGCUCAUUUAUCAACUAAACAACAGUCAUCCUCAUAUUACAGAGAGAAAUACUGAUCACUGUUUUCUGUGCAGGAGGUGAACAGAGAACUGACGAGUCAGCAAGAAGCUUCAGCCGAGCUCCAGCAGCAGCAGCCGCCCGCUGAGAUGUUUGAUUUCAAAAUAAAGUUUGCAGAGACCAAGGCCUACGCCAAGGCCAUUGAGAUGGAGCUGAGGAAGAUGGAGGUGAAUCAGGCCAACAGACACGUUUCUCUCCUGACCUCCUUUAUGCCCGAGUCCUUCCUUCGCCAUGGAGGAGAUCACGACUGCAUCCUGGUGCUGCUGCUCAUCCCCAGACUCAUCUGCAAGGCAGAGCUGAUCAGCAAACAGGCGCAGGAGAAGUUUGACCUGAACGAGAACUGUGUGGAACGAACUGGACUGAAAGGAGCUGUUGGUGAACAGCUGAGCUUUGCUGCUGGUUUGGUUUACUCUCUGAGUCUGUUGCAGGCCACGCUGCACAAAUACGAGCAGGCUCUGGCUCAGUGCAGUGUGGACAUCUAUAAGAAGAUCGGCUCUCUGUACCCGGAGAUGAGCGUCCAUGAACGAUCACUGGAUUUCUUCAUCGAUCUGCUGCACAGAGAUCAGCUGGAUGAGACGAUCAAUGUGGAGCCGCUCACCAAAGCCAUUAAAUACUAUCAGGUACACACACACCUUACAUCCAUUUGA